AUGUUGCAUAACAUGAAAAUUUUAUUAUUUAUUUGGUUCUUAAUAUUUUCCUAUACUACAAGAAUUUCUACUUCACUAGACACUUUAGCAGUUGGUGAAUCUAUCAAAGAUGGUGAAACUUUAGUUUCAUCAAAUGGAAUUAUUGAAGUGGGUUUCUUUAGCCCUCAAAAUUCAACACAAAGAUUAAGAUACUUAGGUAUAUGGUAUAGGAAUGUGUCACCUUUAACAGUUGUUUGGGUAGCAAACAAUGAAAAACCUCUACAAGAUAAAUCAGGAGUUUUGAGACUCAAUGAAAAAGGGAUUCUUUUGCUUCUCAAUGAUGUAAAUAGUACUAUUUGGUCAUCUAAGAUAUCAAGCUUAGAAGAAAAUAGUACUCAAAUUGCUCAGCUCUUGGAUAGUGGAAAUUUUGUAGUGAAAAAUAGAAGGGAAACUGAUCAAGACAGGUGUUUGUGGCAGAGUUUUGAUUAUCCCGGUGAUACGUUGAUGUCAGGUAUUAUUGUCUUUAUUAUCGUAAAAUUUGAGUUAGGCUUAACUCAACCUCAAAAAGUAGGCAUGUAUUCUAUAUGA